CCAUAUCUAUUAAGCCGGUAAAUUCAAAUUACUGUGCACUGGUCUCACAUUACAAAGAUAUAUUAUAGUCACUAGCACGUGACAUUCUGAGCUAUUAUAACUACGAGAAAUUUCUUAUUCAUUGACGUAUAUAUAGAAGCGACAGUUUCAGAAGGCAAUGCCAUAUACACACACACAUGCAGAAACAAGAGAUAAGGAGGUCACUUUCAUGAAGGAAUAAAGAGAUUGCUAGAACCCAGCUGUACUGUACAUGUUCCUUUCAGAAAACGAAACAAAAGCCUUCUAUUAAUACAUAUCACAUACACGCCAACUCUUGCAUUAGCAAGCUAGCGUUCUAAAUAUAUAUGAACUGUAGGAAACUCUUCUGCUUAGCUGUGUUAUCUAAAGAUGCACGCAAAGAUAACUCUUGUACUCACUAGUCUCUUCAGCUUAGCGUUCUAAUUAAGAGUCUACACAUGCUAUGCUUGGGAUUAAAGAUGCAACUCACAAGGUGUUCGACUGAAUUCCUCUCAUCUGGUUUGCAGUAAGACCAUACCAAUCCUUGACCUAUCCUUUGUGCACUAAUGGCAAUGAAUUUCGAAGCAUGAUGACUCCAUGCUACCUAUAUUAGUUGAUUAAGAGAUGUAGGUUUGAACAAUUGGAACUGCUCGCAGAAGUUGACCUGUUGGUGGCUUUUGAAUUGGAAACACGCACAAUGAUUGAAGAUGAAGAUAAAGUUUGGUUGGAGUUGCAAUUUGGAUCAGGUCAUCUUAAUUUCCAUAUGCUGGAGUUGCACAACAAGCAGGAGCAGAUUUGGGGCAGAGAUUUAGAAUAGGAACAAGAUUGGGCUUAUUCUGGAAAUCUGCCAGCUUCUACUUGUACAUAUGUCAAUAGAGGCUAUUCUUAGUUAUCUAUGGAGUUUAAGAUGCACUUGAUACAGGUGGAUUUCCAAGUAUACCUCUUUCAUUUGAGGAAGCACAGCUAAGCGAUUGAGUCACUUCAAGGAGGUGAAUGCUAUUUGUAUUCAUCAAGUGAAGGUGAAUCUAAUGUCUUGGUAAAUCUCCAGCUUAGAGUAAUUAGACUUGAAUGGUAGGUAAAGAAGCAGCAAUACUUCCACAGGCACCGAAGGAAAAGAAAGAUGAGAAAGAAGCACAUGCAGAUGCAGAUGCAGCAACAAGCUUAACCUCGACAACAAUGGAAGAUAAGGAGUUGGAUGAACCGGCUACAGGUGGCAAUCAAACAGUGACACUGCAACUUCAGCAUGAAGACAAGCAUGGUGGUGGUGACUCAAAUAAAGAUUGGACAGUGAUAAAAUUGCCUCCUGUUCCGAAGGAAAAGCAGAGAGAAGAAGAGACAACAGCAGAGAGAUUGAUCAAGGAGAGCAGAGUGGUGUGUGAUUUCACGGCACCAAGAUCAGAUAUCUGCUCGAUGGAUGGCGAUGUUAGAGUUCUUGGCAGAUCAUCCAUCAUCAUGUUGGCUUCGCCACCUUCGGAUCGAUCUCCGACAGAGAACACGACAUGGAAGAUCAGACCGUAUCCGAGGAAGUGGGAAUCGACCAUGGAGCUUAUCAAGGAGCUCACCGUGACAGUAGCAGCUGAGCCUGAGAAGGCCCCUCGCUGCAUGAUAAACCACGGCGUCCCCGCCGUGUUCUUCUCCACUGGUGGGUUCGUCGGCAACUACUUCCACGACUUCACCGAUGUGAUCAUCCCCCUCUUCAUGAUGGCUCGCCGAUUCAACGGAGAGGUUCAGCUCGUCGUCACCGACUUCAACUACCAGUUCAUGGCUAAGUAUCAGCAGAUCCUGAGGCACCUCUCCCACUACCCGGCCAUCAACUUGGACGCUGACGAUCGAGUUCAUUGCUUCCCCCAUGCACACGUGGGUCUUCACAGCCACAGAGCGCUGGGCAUCGAUGCCUCGAAAUCUCCAAACGGGAUCUCCAUGAGCGACUUCAGAGACUUCCUGAGGAAGUGCUUCUCGCUCAAGAGAAAGUACAGCGAGGGGAUCGACCUGCAGUCGAGGAGGAAACCAAGAUUGCUGCUAAUUCUUCGGAGAGGAUCGCGGUCCUUCGUCAACGAAAGGCAGGUGAUGAGGAUGGUGAAAGGGCUCGGGUUCAAGCUGAUCACGGCCGGGCCUGAGGAGACGAAGAACAUCUCCCGCUUCGCGCAGAUGGUGAACUCGGUGGAUGUGUUGAUGGGGAUCCACGGGGCUGGGCUCACGAACAUGGUCUUCCUUCCUUCGAAUGCGACACUGGUUCAGAUCAUUCCUUGCUGUGAUCUGGCGAAAGGGUGCAGAUACAUCUUCGAGGAGCCAGCUCCGGACAUGGGAAUAAGAUACGUGGAGUACGAGAUAAGAGUGGAGGAGAGCUCCCUGAUAGAGAAGUACCCCAGGGAUGAUGUUUUGUUCAGGGACCCCCUUUCGAUUCAGAAGCAACAAGGAUUCAAUGCAUUCUGGAACAUAUUUCUGAACCAGCAAAAGGGGUUGCAGCGACGAGGAAGAAAGCGAAGUUUGUGGAGGUCUUCGUUGGAGAUGCAGGUGAGGCCUCGAUCCAUCAGGAUGGAGAUGAUGGACAUGGAAAUGAAGAUUCUCGAUGGCUUUCUUCUCUUCUUCGUCGUCGUUUGGUUUUGGAAUGUAGCGGGGAGGAGGUUUCGGUUCAUUUGCUCGCGUGUGCUGUGAUCUGCUGACCUGAGUUGGAAUGUUGCAUGAACUUUUGCAGGGGUUAAUCUUUGAUUGGCAGCUUUUAUUCUAUUCCUAUUUAGAUCUCUUUUUAUCCAAAAGAUCUUUUUUUUUUCUCUGCAAAUCUGUAGAUAAUAAAAUCAUUCAAUUUUUUUUCUGAACUGAAACAAUGUAAAUCAAUAAACUAACAGAAUGAAGCCAUUUCGAGGGCCA